CUCGUGUCGCGUACCUUGCUGAGUGGCGUUGAAACCAGUGUUUCCAAUUCCGCACCGCCAAGAAUAAAUCAGUCUGUGAUUGUCUCACCAAAAAACCCGCGCAUGUGUUAGACCGGUCGUUUGGGGAGUGGGGGGUCGGGCCUAAAUCGGAGACGCACGCGACCUGCGCUGCGCAGUUCGCACGGGGUGGUUGUCUACAUAAAAUGAAUUAUACAAUGCACUUGUCUCGCAACGUCUUAAGAGAGGUGUACAGAUUCCUCCCAGGAAGGGGUUUCUUGCCCGCACAAGGUUCAACUGCCUCACGUGUCCGUCACUCUCUUGCAGACAAGGAGUUCCCUUGCUGUUCCCGCUCUGAAACCUGUGGCUUACAUAUCGCUGAAGUGAGGCAUACAUUCUUUCGUCAGCUCCGUGGAAGUUCGGGAGUGAACCGAAAAUCUUCCGAUGCUCAGAGGCAAUUCGUCGUCCAAUUCUCUCGCUCGGUCAGAAAAAUGAAUAGAACACAGUCGUCGGGGAGUCUCAAGGACUCCAUCAGCUUCUUAGAGAUGCUCAAGAAGCAAAUCGACGCGAACCUGCAACACCACAAACCAGGCGAUUGUCCUCUGACAAAGAAGGAUAUUCUCGAUCUUGGCCAGCUGCAGAAAGAAAUCGACUUCCAAGAGAAUGUCCAAGCGGUCGGAAUUACAUGCGCCCAGCUCUUCCACAACACGGCCCCUUCCGUUUUGUACGAGCAAGCCCUCAAGAAAGAGGCAGGCUCUCUCAUAGCCAGCAGCGGUGCUCUGUGUGUCUCUUCAGGCUUGAAGACUGGACGGUCACCCGCGGAUAAACGGAUAGUAGAGGAACCGUCGUCGAGAGACGAUGUGUGGUGGGGAAAGGUCAACAUUCCUUUCUGCGAGAAGUCCUACCUUGUAAACCGUGAACGUGCGGUGGAUUACCUGAACCUUCAGGAUCAACUCUACAUUGUGGACGCUUUUGCCGGCUGGGAUCCGGAGUACCGCAUCAAGAUUCGUGUGAUUACCACCCGGGCGUAUCACGCAUUGUUCAUGCAAAACAUGCUCGUCAUGCCGACAGCUGAAGAGCUGGAGAACUUCAGGCCGGACUUCACAAUCUACAAUGCAGGCUGCUUCCCGGCAAACCGGUUCACAAAUGGUGUAACAAGCCAGACCUCCGUCGCCAUGAAUUUGGGAGCAGGAGAGAUGGUCAUUCUGGGAACUCAGUACGCUGGAGAGAUGAAGAAAGGCAUCUUGACGCUGAUGAUGUACCUGAUGCCAAAGAGGGGCCAGUUGCCUCUUCACUCGUCUUGCAACGUCGGACCCAAAGGAGACGUCACUCUUUUUUUCGGUCUCUCUGGAACCGGCAAAACCACACUGUCUGCAGAUCCAUCGAGGCAGCUGAUUGGUGAUGAUGAGCACGUGUGGACAGAUAAAGGCGUUUUCAACAUCGAGGGUGGCUGCUAUGCGAAGUGCAAGGACCUCUCAAAGGAACAGGAGCCGGAGAUUUGGAACGCUAUCCGUUUCGGCAGCGUACUCGAGAAUGUUAUCAUCGAUGGUACUACGCGGGUUGUUGAUUUCCGUGACGUUUCGAUCACGGAGAACACUCGAUGUGCGUACCCUUUGUCCUUCAUUCCGAAUGCUCUGCUUCCGGCGAAAGUCGACACCCAUCCGUCGAACAUUAUUUUGCUGACAUGCGAUGCAUUCGGUGUUCUACCGCCCCUGUCAAAACUGACCCCCGACCAAGUCAUGUACCACUUCAUUAGUGGCUAUACCAGCAAGAUGGCUGGAACGGAAAUCGGUAUUCUUGAGCCAACAGCAACGUUCUCCGCGUGCUACGGAGCACCUUUCUUGGCCAUGCAUCCCAUGGUGUACGCUGAAAUGCUGGCCAAGAAGCUGAAGGAGCACAACGCUCAUGCGUGGCUGUUGAAUACUGGUUGGAUCUGUGGAGGCUACGGAAUGAACGAAGGGCGACGCAUUCCUCUUAAAUACACUCGCCUCAUGGUGGACGCUAUUCACAAUGGCGCCGCUUUGCAAACCGAGUAUCAAACGAUGCCUGUGUUUAACCUGGCCGUGCCGACCGCGAUCAACGGUGUCCCAAGCGAUCUGUUGCUUCCCCAGACCUGCUGGGCGGAUCAGAACAAGCUCGACAAGCAGAUGCGUAAACUGGCGUCUCUGUUUGUGGAGAACUUCAGUAAUUACACCGAUAGGGCGACCCCCAAUGUUGUGGCUGCUGGUCCGGUUUUUUAGGCACUUCGAAAAGCCAUCGUGACCUGCUGCCGGUUUAAUUCUUUCUAUGGACUUUGGUGCAAGCAUCCAGGACCGUGUGAGUUGCGUGGCUGUAGUCCUGUUUUUCGGUGACAUCCACGCCUUCGUGGUAGCUGGUCUCCCAAUUCCAUGAUGACGUUUCCUAUGAGGAAACGGCUUCCUCGUUGAGAAAGCGUUGGGUUGUCUCUCUUAUACUAGGAAGGGGACGUCGGGACUAUUUUUUAUGCUACAAUGGGUUCAAUUCACAUCCGACUGUACACAGUGGCCUAUCGGUGUCCUUGCGUGUUUUCUGGAUAGCGGGCCGUCGGUGCGUGAUAUCUCAAGUAGCUCAGUCUGUCGCCAGGGGGGGGGGCUACAUUGUUCUAUGUUCGGUCAAAACGAAAGUUUUUUUCAUGCCGUCCAUGUGCAUGGCACGCUAAUGACAUCCGGCGCAUGAAAUGAGAAUAAUGUAGCGCGUUCACCUCGUUGAAUAUUUCCUUUCCUCUUUAAUCUGACGGCAUCUAUCUCUCGAUGGCCAGGAGAAGUCAAGCUAUGCAGAGUGGUGCGUGAGUACAAGCGGUCGUGAUUAUGACUUUCCUUCAAGAGCCGCGUAGGAUA